UUCAGUAGUAUACCGGAGUUCGUGCCACGAGCUACAUCAACAUGUCUCGGUCGUUCUUAGUCGACGCUCUCAUCAGUGAUACGAAAGAUUGCAAGAAAAAUGAACUGUCUAGUGAACCUAUACAUCCUUACGCGUUGAUCGGUCACCACUUGGAUCCGCGUUCCAAGUACUUACCUUACCCUUACCCGGGGAACUUGAAUAAUCUCCUGAACAUCGGCCUGCAGCAACAGCGUGCCCCGGAUUUGUUUCGACCAUUUUUGGAGCAGUUGAAUUUCCGUUAUCCUUUACUGCAUCAACUGCCUCGCCCUGAUUUCUACGAAGCUCAAGCUGAACCAAAGCCUUUUGAAGGAUACCUGAAAACUGAAGAACAAGAGCCUGUGAACUUUGUGAAUAGGCGAAAGAAGUCUGUAUCUCCGUAUCUUCACCAUCCUUAUAAAGUGAAUACAUCUCCUUCUAAGAGUCAAGGACAGCGUUCACCUUCCUUAUCCAGUGAAAGUCGGAAUGGUACUCCAAGCCCGCCACUCGGUCAUCCAGAGGAACUUCUGCCAGGAUACUCGAAGGAUUUAAAACGUGUGCCACUAAAAGAAGACUCCAGCAAGCGCAUCAGGACAGCCUUCACAGGCACCCAACUUCUGGAACUAGAAAGAGAAUUCUCAAUGAACAUGUAUCUAUCAAGACUGAGGAGAAUAGAAAUUGCUUCUCGUUUGAAACUGUCGGAGAAACAAGUGAAGAUCUGGUUCCAGAACCGCCGCGUUAAGCUGAAGAAGGAGGAAUCCCCUGUGUCUUCCGACCCUCGUGGUAAGAACUGCUGCUGCGCAAAGAGUACCUGCUCCUCAAAAGACCAGGAAGCUUGCGAUCAGGAACAAAUAGACGUGGUUAGUGAUCAUGACAAUAGUUAUGAAGCUCAAAACCUUUCUCAGUAUUCUUGAAGAGUGAACUUUAUUGUGGAAAGACUUGAAUAUUUUAUUCGUGGUUUUGGGAUUGAAUCCAAGGCUAUAUAAAGCCUUUUGCGGUAGAUUUUAUGACUGUUAAAUUAAUUGACAAUGUUUAGACGAGUGUAAAUUAUUGAGACCUGUGUGAGAUUCUGAAGUGCCAAUUUUGUGGUUGUGAAAAAUUUAAUUUUCAUAACAUUCACUAUGAUUGUAAUUGAUUUUUGAGAUCGAAUAACAAAUGAUAAUUAACUCAAUAUUAGGACUGAAUUUGCUUAAGUUAAUUAAGAUGUUAUAAAUUAAAAUCGAUUCUCAAUUUAUUUCUACUUGAUGAACUAUGUUAUCACUGCAAUUGUUUCUAGUAAUUAACAAGUUGUUUAAUUAAAAUUGAUUACACUAAUAAUGUCUAGAUUUUACUGCUUAAUAUUUGUGAUAGCAAUAAAACUGUUUGUAACUUACUAAGCAAGUCAGGUCCAAGUUCUAAUUAAGUAGAGUACGCUUGUAAAAUAUUUGUAUAUUGUUAAUAAUGUAAAUAAUAAUUU